CCGCUCUUCGCCAUGUACCUCGACAUCCAGAAAGGUCUUUAUCUCGAGGACCUCCCCGAAGACGAAGUCAAGGGUCGCUGGAAGAGUUUCAUUCGCAAAUGGAACCACGGCGAACUAGCAGAGGGAUGGUACGAUCCCGCAAUGCUGGAGCGGGCGCGGUCAAAUCUCGAUGACGCCCCUCCUCCUCCUGCCGGCAAAGGACCGCAAUCCUCCACCUCCACCGCCCACAACCAACAGACUGAGCGUCAUCAUUCCGAUCGAGAUCGCCAGAACACCGACGACGUUGACGACAACGAAGACAAUGAAGAAGACGAUUACGGCCCCACCCUCCCCCAACCCGACAAAUCACUGUCCGGGCCCACGAUCCCCACGAUACAGGACCUGGAACUGAGGAAAGAACAAGCCCGUGAAGACGCCCUCGCCGCGCGCCAGGACUCACAAUCCCACUAUCGAAGCGAGGUGCGCUCCCACCGCGCGGAGCUGCGGCAUAUGCAGGAGGAGGUGGCGCCGCGGGCGGAGCCGGGGACGCACGAGCGGCGCAUGGAGAAGCGGCAGGAGGCGGCGCAGGCGAACCGGGCGUUCGCGGAGGCGCGCCGCGGCGGGUCGCCGGGGGCCGCGGCGGUGCCGGAUGAGGACCUCAUGGGAUCCGGGGAGAACGAGUUGGAGGCGAUCAAGAAGUCGCGGGAGCGCGAGCAGCGCAAGAAGAAUGAGCGGGAGCUGCGGCGCGAGGAGAUCAUGCGCGCCCGCGCGGCCGAGCGGGAGGAGCGGCUGCAGAAGUAUCGCGCGAAAGAGGAGGAGACGAUCGGGUGGUUGAAGACGUUGGCGAAGCAGCGGUUUGGAUGAUUCCCCCGCAUACGUCUUGGAUGGGUUAUGAAGGAACUGUGAAUGAAGUGUCCCUCACGGUUCGAUUCGGAGAUCCACAUACAGAUUCGCUAGAAAUGACAAGAACACUGUACUGAUACAUCUGAUUGUGCUAUCUAGAGUAUAUG